ACAGUCGGAAACACCCAUGUCGCACAAAGUUCUUUCACAUCGCUACUGUUAAUCAUAUUGUUACGAAUCAUGCCGGCUAUUGCACUUCAGCCACAAAACCCAGACCGCGCAGGUAUAGCUGACCGUGCUUUACCAGGGCUACUCCAGACGCCAUCUGGUCUGGCGCUUGUGGAAAUCCAAGGAACAAUCAACAGUACGUCAGUCUCGGACGAUACUCCCGCACAAGCAGCGCUAGAUGUCGGACGACUUGUGUUCCCUUACCACAACCCGGAAAAUGAAGGAGACACAUCCUGGCAAAAACGCGUCUACCUGUACGUGGGCAAGCAUCAACGUCUUACGGGAGAGGUGAAGAAACUAGCAAAGCCCAUUGCCGUGAUUCGAAGAAAGACCCCAGCUACAUCUGCUGUCCCGGAUGGGGAUGAGCUCGAAAUUGCAGAGAUUGUGUAUUACAAGUUGCUGUUCGCUCACAGGCCGGAGCCUGUUGGUGCCGGAGGGUGAUGGUUGGGAACUUGCAAUCAUAUAUCAGCAACUACGUCAAUUCAAGGCAGAGUUUUAGGCGACUGGGCUGAUGCCACUUUCGCCAACGUGAGAUAUCCUAGUGAGAUAUCAUCAAUUCCGCACAGCAAUCUGCGACAUCAAUGCGAGGGAGCUAAUAAGAUAGGGAACCCGGAAAGGUGAGCUAGUUGCCAAGGUUCGGCGCGUUGUUGAUCCGACAUUAACGAUCUUUCGGCAGUAAGGUCCCGCAAGGGUAGCAUCAUGGACUGAGCUGUCGUUCACUAACAUCAUUUUCCAAGGCCGUACGCAACGCUAUUUAGUUCUAGG